AUGCCCAAAACACCUCCUGUCCAAGCAAGCAAGAACACUGAACUGCAGAAACAAUCUGCACCCAACUUAACAAUAACAAAUGAGCACGCAAGUACGAAGGAAGUGGCUAAAACAGAGCGCCCUAUCAAUGAUGUGAAACACAUUACCACUUGGAUCUGCAAAAAUUUGGCCUGUAAAGCUGUUAGACCAUCAGAAGAUUCCUUUUGCAAGAGGUGCUCGUGUUGUGUUUGCCACAAGUUCGAUGACAAUAAGGAUCCUAGUCAAUGCAGAUAUUGGAAAAGGCAAUUAGUAAUUGGAAAAGAUGCUCGCCGAGUUGAUAAUCUCUGCCAACGCAUUUAUUUGAGCUACAGGCUAUUAGAGGGAACUAUCCAUUUUAAAGAACUGCAUGAGAUUAUCAAAGAUGCAAAAGCAAAAUUGGAAAGUGAGGUUGGCCCACUUGAUGGAAUGUCGGCAAAGAAUGCACAUGGUAUCAAACUAUGCUCUACAGCAAUUCAAAAAGCUGAUGAGUGGUUGAGUUCUCCUGACCUGCAUCUUCGAGAUUCAUUACCUGUUGCCUGUAAAUUUAAAUUUGUAGACAUAAAAUCUUCUUCGCUCAUUGUCAUCUUGAAAGAAACCUCGUCUUCUGACACUAUCAAAGGUUAUAAGCUAUGGUACUGGAAGAGCAGAGAGCAACCAAGUAGGGAAAAGCCUGUUAUUGUGUCCAAAGAUGAAAGAAAAAUACUACUUUUUGACCUUACCCCAUGCACAGAAUAUUCUUUCAGAGUUAUAUCAUUCACAGAUGAUGGGGUACUUGGGCAUUCAGAAUCUAGAUGUCGUACUGAGAGCAGGGAGAUAUUUGCCAUGCGUGCACCACAGAAUGCAGUGGGAAGGGAUACACAGGCACAAAAAAGAGACAGGAAUCAGUCUUGUAAGUCAACUGGGUUCAAGAUCCGAGAUAUUUGGAAGAACUUUCAGGAAGCUUUGGAUGCAGAAGGCUGUUUUGAAGGGUUUUCUGAAGAUGUGCAUGAAGGUUCCUGCAGCAGAAGUGUUACAGAGACUGAGUUAUCUGGAGCUUGUCGCAAGCUUCAUUUCAACUCAUCAUCUUCUGUCCCCGACCUAAAUGCUGAGGUUCCUGUGCCCAUGGACUACACCACUGAGAAGCAUUAUUAUUCUAAGAAGGGACUUGUCAGAUCAAAUGACAGUGGUGACUCUGAGACCUGCGCAGUUGGCCACACUGCAGAGCCGCCUGCUGUUGAAUCUCGGCCAGUAGGCAAGGUGAAUACCGUACAAGUUAAUAAAUGUGAGCAGAAUGGUGCUUCUGCUAUUUGCCAUGAAAAAAUGCUCUCUGGAUCAACGAGGCAACUGGAUGGGGAUUAUGAGCACUGUGUAAAGGUAAUAAGGCAGUUGGAAUGCGAUGGACACAUUGAAAACGGUUUCAGGAUGAAGUUCUUGACCUGGUAUAGUCUAAGAUCGACAGACCAGGAGCGCAAGGCUGUGACCACAUAUGUCAAAACAUUAAGCGACGAACCCAGCAGCCUGGCUGAGCAGCUCGUCGAUUCUUUUGGAGAAAUCUUAAACAGCAAGAAGGCAAAAACCGGUUUCUGCAACAAACUAUGGCAUUAG